AGAAGCUGCCGCGAGCUGCAGGCGUGGGCUGGAGGAUGAGCCUGUCCCUCCUCUAUGUAUGUGGGAGGCUGCUGCUAUUGCUGCUGGAACAGGAGGGAUCCGUAUCGCUGUAGAACUCAGGAGAUCACUUCCCACACUCACGUGCCAGGCAAGGAGUUGGGGUGCGGGCAGCCCCUAGGAAGGCAGAGUUUAGGGUGACACUAAGCCUGAGCCGGCGUGUGUGUGAAUGGGAGGGAACUGCUGAAGCCUGGAGGUGCUGCUAUGUGAGCAGUGAAGCAGCGGGAGGAGAUCGCUGGAUCGUAAGCUUCUCACGCCUACUGGAGCGCUAGUGUGCCGGCUGGAGCCUGUCCGAUUGGGAUUUAAAUAGCAGCUGAUAAACCAGAGUGUACCGCAUGCACGAGGUACUGAGCAGUCCCUUCAGGGGAGCGAGGAGAUCGCCUGCCUGUGUGGGAGAGGCCACUGGCGAGCCACCGAACAUGGGGGAACAACCGAUCUUCACCACAAAAGCACAUGUCUUCCAAAUUGAUCCCAGCACUAAGAAGAAUUGGGUGCCUGCAAGUAAACUGGCAGUUUCAGUUUCUUACUUCUAUGAUAGCACAAGGAACAGCUAUAGAAUUAUCAGCGUUGAUGGGACCAAGGUAAUAAUAAACAGCACAAUAUCGCCCAACAUGACCUUUACAAAGACAUCUCAGAAGUUUGGGCAAUGGGCAGACAGCAGAGCAAAUACAGUCUUUGGCCUUGGAUUUGCUUCUGAACAGCAGCUGUCAAAGUUUGCAGAUAAAUUUCAAGAAGUCAAAGAAGCAGCAAAGUUAGCACGAGACAGAUCUCAAGAGAAGAUGGAGACCUCAAGCAAUCACUCCCAGGAGUCUGGACGGGAAACUCCAUGUUCUACUCGCGCAUCAAGUAUUAAUGGAACAGAUGAUGAGAAAGCUUCUCAUGGGGAGCCGCCUGAUGCAGAGCUAAAGAUUGAAAAUGAUAAGCUGAAGACUGCCCUAGCACAAAGCUCCUCCAAUGUGAAGAAAUGGGAAACUGAACUGGAAACACUAAGCGAGAACAACGCCAGGCUGUCAACUGCUCUUCAGGAAUCCAUUGCCAGUGUAGAACAUUGGAAGCGACAGUUUCUGGCCUGUAAGGAUGAGAGUGAUCAACUCAGAAUCAAGAUUGGAGACCUUGAAACGCAAUGUGAUGAGAUAGAAAAGGAAAGAGAGAGGAACAAGGAGCUCAGCAAAAGAUUACAAGAACUGGAAGUUGAAAUCCAGGACAAAGAAGCAGAGCUGGAAGACCUCAGGAAACAAAGCGAACUCCUUCCCCAGCUGAUGGCAGAGUGUGAAUCUAUGACUGAAAAGCUUCAGGAUGCCGAGAUAAGGAACCAGGAGCUGGAAGAUAAAGUAAGGACUCUGAGAAAGGACAUGGACGAGAACCGGCACAGACAUGGCCACUUGAAAUUGGAACUCAAACAUUUUUUGAAUGUAUUUGAUGGCAAAAUGGAUGACUUGCAUGAAUUACGUCAAGGACUUUCCAAACUACAAGUCGAUAACUAGGCUCACGAGGAUUGUUUUCACAUGGUAGGGUGUGCGGGCCACUUGAAAUACAGGGUUCGAGGAUGCUGUGCUCACUUUGAACCUUUUAUAUUACAUGCAAAUUGCUGGGAUUUUACCCUUUUUUUUUUUUUUAUUCAGAUUGGCAACCAAUAGCUGCCUGAAACUCUAAAGCCAUUUGUUUCAAUUACUACAGAAUUUGUUUAGGCUUAGAUAUAGACUCAGUGUAAUGUGUAACCAAACAAUCAAAGUAAUGGAUAGGACACCAAUGUGGCAUGGCUACUGUCUGGUAAUAGUUCCGGUCACAGCACAUAUUUCUUGCAGAGUAAAUGAAACAGGUCAGAAGGUCUGUGGAAGGGCUGCAGAUUGGUAGGCCCCAGUGCAAAUAAUUUUCAGCCAUUGCUGUAGGGAAAAGAGAAAUAACAAAGUGCCCCUAUCGGAUAUGGGCCGCAGUGAAGCACCGCCUUCUGUAAUAAACACAGUUCCACCUUGAAUCUACACAGCUCCCUAUAGGAAGACUAGAAUGAUGGUGCUGCAAUAAAUAAAUGAAGCACAUAGCAGGAACAUGGUUAAUUUACUGUUUCAGAAAUACAAGUAAUACACUGAAUGGGGCAGAUGCCAUAAACACUAUUCAUCUUAUAAGUGACAAGGUUUCCUUCUGAAUACCAGGGGUCCUUAACCUUCAAGUCUGAUCCAAACACAGGAUACCAUGCUCUUAACGCUUCCCUAUACUACAAUGACAUUUCUUCCUUAUUUAAUUUGUGAAAUAUUACACAAUUUAUACUUCUAGUAUUUUUACAUCUAAACUGGUGCAAAGCUGACUAAUUUAGUUCCGUACUAGACACUGUGGUUAAAGUAGAUAUAACUAUUCUUUAUGUCCUAUUUAUAAUAAAUUGUCUCUUCCAUGUUUAGUUUGAUAAUUAAUGAUGAGGGUUCCGUUAUUUUUUGUAUAUCUCCAUCUGUACAUACCUAGUGUUGAAUAUAUCGGAAUCACCCAGAGAUAUUCAUGUUUUUGAUACUUGUAUUCACCAAGGUAGAGUUACACUGAUCAGAAAUGUUAAUAUAACACUCUGUUCAUCAAACUUUGCAUUCAUCGAGGAAUCUUCCGUUCCAGCUUUGCAGACCAUUGGAAUCCAAGUUGUCAUGUUUUAAAACUAU